CAGUACUCUUUUGAAACGAAAGCCGCGAAGUCCAAAAUGUUGGUGGCUCGCCCCGUAAUUUUGCUGUUGGCUAUUUUGAUAGCCUCCUCGAAUGGAGCCAAUAUUUUGGGACUGUUCAGCAGUCACAGUCCCUCCCACCUGAUCAUUCACAUGUCAGUGGCCAAGACCCUAGCCGAGGCGGGUCAUAAUGUCACCGUGGUGUCCAUGCUGCCGCCCAAGGUUACCCACAAAGACAUCCAUGUGAUUGUGAUACCAGUGACCGAUGAACAGGAGAAGGUUAUUGAAAAUCAAAUGUCGGAGAUGGCCUCGCAAAGGAACUCCAUUAUAAGCACACUGAAUCGCCUGAUGAAUGGCAUGGAUGUGAUGAUCAAUUCCCAGGCGGAUCUACUCUCACAUCCUCAAUUCCAGCAGAUUUAUGACACCAAGUUCGAUCUGAUGAUUAUGGGAUAUUUCCUCAACGAGUUCCAGUUGGGUGUGGCGGCUAAACUGAAGGUGCCCGUGAUUAUCGACUGGAUGAAUGCCCCCAUGUUGGCCAUCGAUGAGUUCACUGGAAAUCCCACAGAGGUGUCGUAUGUUCCCAAUAUCGGCACCACGGCCACCCCUCCCAUGGGUUUCCUGAAACGAGCCGAAAAUCUGGCUAAGCAUCUCUUCCUAAAGUACAUGAUGAGUGCCCUGCUUUCUAAGUCGGAACGAAUUUACGAGGAAAAGUUUGGAAACGACAAGAGUCUUCCCAGUCUCAGUGAAGCUAAAAAGAAUAUUUCUUUGGCUUUCGUCAAUGCUCAUUUGAUCAGCGAAGGACCCAUUAGGCCUCUGGUUCCGGCCAUGGUGGAGAUUGGUGGCAUUCAAGUCAAGGACAAGCCCAGCCCUCUGCCGAAGGACAUCGAUGAGUUUCUUUCGAAAUCCACCCAGGGAGCAAUUCUACUUUCCCUGGGAAGCAAUGUCAAGAGCUCCUCCAUCAAGCCCGAAAUUGUUCAGAGUAUUUUCAAGGUGCUUUCGGGACUAAAACUGAAUGUUAUUUGGAAAUGGGAGGAUCCGAAAAAUACACCUGGCAGUUCGCCAAACAUUUUGUACAAGAAGUGGCUGCCCCAGGACGAUAUCCUGGCCCACCCCAAUACCAAACUCUUCAUCACUCAUGCCGGCAAGGGUGGCAUUACGGAGGCCCAGUAUCACGGAGUACCCAUGGUAGCUCUGCCCAUUUUUGGAGAUCAGAUCAGUAAUGCCCAGGCUAUGGAGAAAUCAGGAUAUGGUUUGGCUUUGGACCUCCUCUCCAUAACAGAGGAAAGUCUGAGCAAGGCCCUCAACGAAGUCCUGGAGAACAAGAAAUACGAAGAGGCCGUUGGUAAAUUCUCUGCCUUGUAUCGCGAUCGUCCUUUCAGCGCCAAGCAAGCGGUUGUGUACUGGACGGAGUACGUCCUGAGACACAAGGGAGCUCGCCACCUGCAAAGUCCUGUGGUGCACAUGAACUUCAUUGAACUCAACAACAUUGAUGUGCACGCUCUUAUAAUUGCCAUUCUAGUCCUGGUUAUCCUUCUGCUGAGACUCGUUGUGAAAUUUGUUUGGAACAAACUCUGCAGCAAGUCUAAGUGCACUUCCAAUAAGUCCAAAAAGCAGAAGAAACCGUAAUUUAAUUUAGUAUUAUGGUAUUUCUACAGUUAUUUUGUAACAAAACUCAAUGAAUUUAAAAAGAACCAAAUAAAUUUUCAUUAAAUUAUUAAAA